UCCGUAACCGGAAAUGUUUACAAUAUAUGCCAACUGGACGCCACUUGUCUAGCUGCUAAAAUCAGACGGCUGAUGAUGAGUGUUUUCUUAUUUAAACAAAUAUCGAUCGAAAUAUUGGGAUAUUUCACUUUGGGUGAGAUCUAGACGUCGUGUAUGUUCGUUGCUCCAAGAUGGCGUCCGUUCUUCGCUUUGCUGGAGAUUUUAAUUGGUGAAAAAGUACAGAAAGGUUGAUUCUUUGCCUCCCCAGAUGUGGCCACCGCAUCUGCUGAGACUUCUAUUCAUGAACGGCAAAGAUGCUUUGAUUGGGCGGCUGUGGCUUGGCCUGGAGGGAUGACAGGACUUCAGCAGACAUGGAGACAGUAGAGACACACAAACAGCUGGAGACGCCAUAUUUAGUCUAAUCUACUCAGGAUCACUGAAAAGCCUAUUUUCAUAUCUUUUUCUAUUCCAAGCUGUUUUUGUUAGUUAUAUAGUAAAGCCAUACUCAGCUGUCAGCCUUCACGAUGAGCUCUGAGGGCUUUCAGUACCGAGCACUGUACGACUACAAGAAGGAGAGGGAGGAGGACAUCGACCUGCAUGUUGGAGACAUGCUGCUGGUCAGUAAAGGAGCGUUGCUCGCUCUUGGCUGCAGCAACGGAGCAGAGGAGCGUCCUUCGGAGAUCGGCUGGCUGCCGGGCUUCAACGAGACAACACAGGAGAAAGGCGACUUUCCAGGGACAUACGUGGAGUUUAUUGGCAGAAAGAGGAUGUCCCCGCCCACCCCGAAGCCCCGCCCACCCAGGCCGCCAUCUGCAACGUCUGUGAGGACCGACUCCGAGUCAGAAGGCUUUAUGUUGCCAGACCUCCCUGAGCAGUUUGGACCCCCGGACACAGCCCCUCCCCUCCUCAGCAGACUGAUGGAGGCCAUAGAGUCCAAAGGUCUGGACAGUCUCAAUGUAUAUCGCAGUCUGAGUGGAGGAAGUCUGGACACCCGGCAGCUGGCCGACACUGACCUGGAGCAGUUAGAGGUGUCGUCCCUGUGUGACGGGGUGUUCCGGUUCCUGCAGGAUCUACCCGGUCCCGUCCUCCCCUCAGUGUUGCAGGCCGACAUGAUUCACGGAGUGCAAGAGGUCCGGGACCUAGAGGAAUGUGCUCAGGUGCUGCGGGGGGUGGCCAGCUCGCCAACCUGCCCGGCACAGUACGGCCUGACCCUGCUCAGCGUGGUCCGACACCUGGCCCGGCUCUGUAUGCACAGCACCAGGAACCAGCUGAGCCCCCGAAACCUGGCGGAGAGCUUCAGCCCACUGCUGUUCAGACAGGCAGCAGGGCUUGACUCUAGUCUGGAUCCUCUGGUUCAGGUCCUGGAGGUUCUGAUAACCAGCGAGCUCAACAUGAACCAGGCUGCACCAGCGUUGCCUCCUAAACCGGUGAAGUCUUCAACUCCAGCACCUUCCUGUAGUUUCAACAACAGUAUUUCUCUGCAGGAUGCUGAGUGGUACUGGGGAGACAUCUCCAGAGAGGAGGUUAAUGAGAAGCUGAGAGACACAGCUGACGGUACAUUCCUGGUUCGAGACGCCUCCACUAAGAUGCAUGGCGAUUACACCCUGACUUUGAGGAAAGGAGGCAACAACAAACUGAUAAAGAUCUUCCACCGGGAGGGGAAGUACGGCUUCUCCGACCCUUUGACGUUCAGCUCUGUGGUGGAGCUGAUCAACCAUUACCGCCACGAGUCCCUCGCCCAGUACAACCCCAAACUGGACGUCAAGCUGCUCUACCCGGUCUCCAAACACCAGCAGGACCAGGUGGUGAAGGAGGACAGCAUUGAAGCUGUGGGGAAGAAGCUCCAUGAGUAUCACCUGCAGUACCAGGAGAAGAACCGAGAGUACGACAGACUGUAUGAGGAGUACACCAGAACCUCCCAGGAGAUCCAGAUGAAGAGGACGGCCAUCGAGGCGUUCAACGAGACCAUAAAGAUCUUCGAGGAGCAGUGUCAGACUCAGGAGCGCUUCAGCAAAGAGUACAUCGAGAAGUUUCGCCGAGAGGGCAACGACAAGGAGAUUCAGAGGAUCAUGGAGAACUAUGAAAAGCUGAAGUCUCGGAUCAGUGAGAUCGUGGACAGUAAGCGUCACCUGGAGGUGGACCUGAAGAAACAGGCCGCAGACUACAGAGAGAUUGACAAGAAGAUGAACAGCAUCAAACCAGACCUGAUCCAGCUCCGCAAGACCAGGGACCAGUACCUCAUGUGGUUGACUCAGAAAGGGGUUCGUCAGAGGAAACUCAACGAGUGGCUCGGCCUGAAGAACGAAACCACAGAGGAUGAGUACAGCAUGGUGGAGGAUGAAGAGGACCUUCCUCAUCAUGAUGAGCGUCUGUGGCGUCUUGGAAACAUCAACCGCAUUCAGGCCGAGUCUUUGCUCCGCGGAAAGAGAGACGGGACCUUCCUGGUCCGAGACAGCAGCAAGCCGGGCUGCUACGCCUGCUCUGUGGUUGUGGACGGGGAGGUGAAACACUGCGUCAUUAACAAGACCGGCACCGGUUUUGGGUUUGCGGAGCCCUACAACCUGUACGGCUCUCUGAAGGAGCUGGUGCUGCACUACCAGCACACCUCACUGGUCCAACACAAUGACUCGCUCAACGUCACGCUGGCCUUCCCUGUUUACAGCCAGCAGAGACGGUGACCCGCCUGGCCCCCACCACCACCCUAGACCCGCUGCAGAACCACAACGGGCCCACGUCACACAUUUAAUGUUUCAAGCUUUGCAGGAUAAAUCAGCACAACAGCGACACCCUCGACAUCGAGAAAUCUGUUCAAUUUGUAGGACUUUUAUAAAUCGUCCUGGUGCUGCGGAUCUCAGUGUGUACAGUUCAGUACACUGAAGAUGUAUUUUUUUGUUAAAUGCUUGGUUACAUCCUGUAGGAGUGUUGACAAUUCAAAACUAUUAUUUUACAGUGAACAUGAAGCUUUAGCUUCCUGUGAGGGGGGGUAAAUUCUCAGUAAAAAGACGGUUAAGUUAAUCAUUGAGUCAUCAGUCAUUGAGCUGAUUUGGUGCCGAAGAUCAACUUGAGGUUUGGGAUCGCAUGGGAACCGUUUUAGUUUGUUCUGAAAGAUUUAAGCAUUGCUACAUCAGAAAGAAAUGAGGGUAAGAGUUUCCCUUAAAGACGAUUAGAAAGACAUUCCUCCUUUUUUAGGUUUAUUGCAGGACGCAACGUAUAUAUUCAAUGAAGUAUUUUGCAAUGAUAUUAAAUGAUUUGGACACCUCUAAGAAACCGUUUUAAAACCCACAGUAGACAUUAUUUGGUAUGAAUAUAAUGAACUACUGAUUAAAAUAUCUUGUUUAUGGUUAAUAAAUAAUUUGUAAAGCAUCUAUUAUUAUUUAGCUAUUGUCACCGCACAAAGGAUCAAUUAUCUUUUAUAGAGCACCAAAAAAAGGGGAUUUAAUGGGGCCAAAUUAAUGAUUUAUAAACCACUCAUCAAUAACUAAUUAUGAAAAGCAUUAGAUGCCAUAUUAUAUUAUUCAUCAAAAUGUUUAUAGAUGCUUUACAAAACAAUUAAAAUUGACCAAGUAUACUACAUUUAUUAAUUCACAAAACUAUGAUACAUUUACAUAAAUGAUAACAUUAUUAUUAAUUAGUAAACAUAAACAGUAACAUGACCACUAACUCAUCUAUGAUGGUUAUUGUAAAGGGUUAACGAAGUGAAAAGUAAAGUGAAAAGCGCUCAAACGGUUUUUAGGUUUUAAAAAAUGCUUCUACAGAGAGGCCUGUUUAGAUUUAUCUACCUUAUGAACACAAAUGCUUCAGGCUCGUUCUGAGACGCGUUCCAUGUGAUCACAGACUCGGUGUGAGUUGAUACUGCGACUGAUACUGAUACUGGGCGCUUCCCAGUUCAAUUUCCGUGUCCUGUCUGAGGAGAAAUGAGGUGCUGAAAUGUCGUGUUUUGUCUCUUGGAGGUCAGAGCUGGAUCCAUAGACUUCUCCUUUAAUCUGAACUGCUGAUCCAGCACGCUUCAACAGAACGGAACUACGGACGGAUGAUGAUGAUGAUGAUGAUGAUGUCAAAGACAAAAUGGUGGACAAUCCAGAGAGGCUUCUCUUGCAUAAACACUGUGAGUUACUGAACGAGGUUUAAAAUGAGGGCAAACAGACUGACCUGCAUUUUUAUAUAUUGGGAGAGAAAUAACCAGAAACCUUUUGUCAUCCAAAGACACCCCCCCCCCCCCACACACACACACCUUCCCUCAAUCUCCAACCCAAAUAUCCCAGCGGUGUUAUUCAAGGUCCAGUUUCUUCAGGCUUUGUUGAGUUAUAGAGUGUCAUAGACUCUUUUGGUGUAGAGUGUCGUAUAAUUUUGCAGAGCGGUGGAAUGAUGCUUCAACUCUUUCAUUUCAAUAAACGUCUGGCAGCACAAAGAUUUACUCCUGCUGGAUGAAAACUCACAAAAUCAGGAAUGACAAGAACUGGAUCUUCCUGGAUCUACUCCUCUAAAGUCUCAAGGACUCGUGGAGAAAACGCAGCCUGUAAACCCUCGUGUCGACGCUCAGCUGAUCACAAAUCACAAUUUUUAUCUUUAUGGAUUACAUUUUUGUUCCUUUUUUUGUGUGCAUUUGGACACACGGUUUCCUUUAAACCAGGUACACGAGCUGAAACUGUCUGCAAGGAUUCUGAAAGUAUUACAUUUGUUGUCAUGGUAACCACCUUGUAACUUGUUUGAAGUUUUAAGCUUUUAUCCACACAUUGGAUUGGUUUUGGAAAUUGUUAUCAUGUUUCUAAUUUGUUUGGAAAUAUCCUGAAGUUUUCAUUUACUUAUUCCACAAAAGUCCUUUUUUUUUCAUUCUGACAUUAAACCAAACUAGUGAACACAAACAAGAAUCUGUAACAGGAGACUUUGAGAAGUUGUGAGAACUGAUGAAUAAAACAUUUGGUUUGAAUGUC